AUGCGAGCAAUCGUCGCCGACGGCGACGACGCGAGCGAGUGGCGCAUCCAAUCGCUCGCUGGGAGCGGGAAGGCGGAGGAUGGCGGACCAAGCGAAGGUGCGGGGACUGAUCAAACAUCAAUCAUGCAUUCGGACGAAGGCGUUGCAAACGUUCUGAAAACGAUGAUGGGUGAUGAUAUCAUAGUGGACGAAACAGGGCGCAUCGACGCGGAGGCGUGCGACAAGCGCCAGGAUUUCGAGAGCACGGCGGCGGCGACCGCGCGCAUCGAACGUCCCGAGUUUCUCGCGCCGAGCGACGAUGAUCGUGAUCCCGAAGAGUUGCGAAAACUGCGUUCGCUCACUGGGGAUCAAAUGGGCACGCUGGCGACGUAUCAACAAAUGUUGCAAAACAAACGUCGCGCUCGAGACGAGUGGAGAGUGGCGACGCGACUCGCUCUGAGAAAGUUAUUUCAAGAGGCGAGCGAGAUCACCGGCGCGUACAAUCAAAGAAUUCGAGACCUCGCGAUCGAGCGCGAAAAUACCGAGUUUGCGAUCGUUAUGUUUGACUUGCGGCGCGCGCGUAUAGCUCGACGGCUCCACGAGCGCCAUCUCGCGGGCGAUUUCGACGGCAAAUCCGACGAGGAGGCAGCGCGCGUUCGAGAGGCGCUCUCGGAUGUUCAUCGCGCGACAGAAAUCGUGCGUGAGUAUGCGGCGAACGUUGAGGAAACACAGCGACUGUUAGAUUCGGCCACAUUCGCGUUGAAGGCGGCUCAGCGUGCGUUCAGACGCGAAGUGCAAGAUCAUCCGGCGAGCAGCGUGCAUUUGGACGCGCUGCAGGCGUUGUAUCAACGUCAAGACGCCAUCGCACGCACGGUUGAAGAAGCCGCGAGUAAGAAGAUUCCUGUUUUCCCUCAAAGACAUCGCCAAUCGGCACGAACACGAUCGAAAGACGGCGCAAUCGGCACGAUGGACUCGAGCGUAUGA